AUGGGCUUCCGCUGCCAGGACGCGCACGGAGAAAAUCUCAAAGGAUCUACUUUUGUGCCAAUGCUCGUCUCCAUACCCAAGACGGCUAUUCUAGCGGACUCACCUGACCAGUUCCGCCAUAAGCUUCGACUCCCACGCUUUGCUAAGCCAAGCUACUACGAGCUCCGUUUCCACCCAGACCUCAUAUCCUACACCUUCUCCGGUGUAGUGGCAAUCACCGUCGACAUCUUACAGACCACUCGUUUCCUGGUGAUCAAUGUUGUGGAUCUCACCAUCGACCAUGCAUCCAUCCACUUUAAGGACUUGGCACCGACCGAGGUGGUGUUCUUCAAGGAUGACCAGAUUAUGGUGCUUGGGUUUGGUAAAGAACUUCCACUAGGUGAGGGUGUGCUCAGGAUGAAUUUCAAUGGCACCCUCAAUGACGAUUUGAGGGGAUUUUACAGGAGUAAAUACGAGUACAAGGGGAAAACGGCAAACAUGGCGGUGACGCAACUUCAGGAAGUGGAUGCGCGGCGGUGCUUUCCCUGCUGGGACGAGCCAGCUUUUAAGGCUAAGUUCAAGAUAACAUUACAAGUUCCAUCCGAGUUGGUAGCAUUGUCCAACAUGCCUGUAUCUAGCGAGAUUGUGGAUCGUGCUAUCAAGACUGUUCAUUUUGAGGAGUCACCUCUCAUGUCAACUUAUUUAGUUGCUAUGGUUGUUGGCAUUUUUGACUUUGUAGAGGGUGUAACAUCACAAGGCACCAAAGUGCGGGUGUAUACCGAAGUUGGUAAGACUGAACAAGGGAAGUUUGCAUUGGAUAUUGGAGUGAAGUUUUUGGAUCUCUAUAAUGGUUACUUUGGCACUCCUUAUGCACUCCCUAAGUUGGACAUGAUUGGUAUCCCCGACUUUUCUAAUAUGGGCAUGGAGAACUAUGGAUUGAUAACGUUCCAAGUUCUAGAUUUGCUUUUUGAUGAGUCGUCUUCAACACCCGCCAAACAACAUGAAAUUGCAAAUACUGUGGCACAUGAAUUGGCUCAUCAAUGGUUCGGUAAUCUUGUGACUAUGGAGUGGUGGACUCACGCAUGGCUAAAUGAGGGGUUUGCUACAUGGAUGAGCUAUCACGCAGUAGACUAUUUUUUUCCACAGUGGAAUGUAUGGAUGGAGUUUCUUGAAAGUACAAUUUCUACUCUUAGAUUGGAUUCAUUAGCUGGGUCUCAUCCUAUCGAGGUUGAAAUACACCAUACCAGCGAAAUCGGUGGAAUUUUUGAUGAUAUCAUAUAUAUUAAAGGCGCUUCUAUUGUUGGCAUGCUACAAAGUUACCUUGGGGCAGAGCGUUUUCAGAAGGCAUUGGCUUCAUAUAUUAAAAAAUACGCCUACUCAAAUGCUAAUACGGAAGACUUAUGGGCUGUGCUUGAAGCGGAAACUGGUGAACCAUGGAAGAAUUUAAUGAGUGCAUGGAUGAAGAAACCAGGAUAUCCUGUCAUUAAUGUUAAACAGGAUGGGAACGAAAUCCAACUUGAACAGGCCCAGUUUUUAUUAAAUGGAUCCUCUGGAUCUGGCUUGUGGGAUGUGCCAAUAACUCUAAGUUGUGCUUCAUCAACCAAAAUUUUCCUUUUGACAGAAAAGUAUUAUAAGUUGGAUUUAUGUGGCAAAAGUGAGAAAGAAGGAAGUUUUUCGAUUAAGCUAAAUAUGAAUAAAACAGGCUUUUACCAUGUGAAGUAUGAUAGAGAACUUUCAGCAAAACUUCAAAAUGCGUUAGAGGCCAACAUGUUCUCUUCAAUGGAAAAAAUUGGCAUAUUAGAGAACGCGCGCAUGCUUUCCAUGGCCCGAAAAGACUCACUUGCAUCACUGCUAUAUAUAUUGUAUGCUUGUCGGAAAGAAGCCAGCUACAGUGUGCUAACACACAUAGAUGAUAUAACUUCAACUAUUGCCCAAAUAUUUACUGAUGCUAUGCCUAAAUUGGUUGGUGAUAUAAAACAACUGUUCAUCAAAGUUCUUAUAGCACCUGCUGAAAAGUUAGGUUGGGACCCAAUUAAUGGUGAGGCUGACCAGGAUGUAAGUCUAAGAUAUAUUCUAUUGGUUGAUCUUGUCAAACUUGGACACGAUAAGACUAUUAAUGAAGGUGUUAGGCGUUUCAACAUCUUAACUCGUGAUCACAACACUUCAAUACUUUCUCCGGAUAUUAGAACGGUUGCAUACCUCUCCAUGAUGCAAACGGCUAGUAGUACAAAUAGAUCUGGUUAUGAUGAUCUUAGAAGAUUCUAUAGAGACUCAGCUGAUAGGGAGGAAAAGUUGCGUAUCUUAGGUGUAUUAUCUUAUUGCUCGGAUAAGGAUAUUGUUCUGGAGUCACUGGAUUUAAUUUUCACCAAUGAGGUCCCUAAUAAGGAUGCAAUUCAUCUUCUUGAAUUUAUCAGUAUAGAUACACGUGAAGCUGCUUGGAGCUGGUUGAAGGAAAACUGGGAUCAUAUUUUGAAGGUAGUUCCUGAGAAAGACCUAUUAUGGUGUAUUGUGAACAACAUUGUUCCACUGUUCACCUCCAAUGAUAAGGCAGAAGAGAUCUCCAAGUUCUUCACAAACUGCACGGAUCCGGCACUUCAGAGUGCGCUAAAAAGAAACCUCAAGAUGGUGAAUAUAAAUAUGAGAUGGAUUGAGGGUAUCCGCACUGAGCCUGGACUUGCCCAGGCAGUUCAUGCACUGCUUCACAAGACCUAA